UACGAAUAGAGGAAAGUUCUGUUUCCGGUUAUGUUACUAACAUAACCUGUAAAUAUCAAACGCAACAGAAGUCGCCACAACGACUCACACUGUGUGUGAAUGUAGUAUUUUUUUCGCAAAAAGAUAAUUAUUUAACACUGAAAAAGAUGACGUUGAAAAACUUUCCAAGAGGUGGAAAAGAAAUACAAAAAAGAAAACCGUCAGAUUUGUUAUUUGCCAAAUAUGAGAAAAUUGGUAAAAGGAAUCGUGAGAAACAGAAAGCAAAGAAACAAGAAAAGGAACCAAAUUUUGUUCCCAACACUGCAGAACGAUUAUCCUAUGCAACAAUAUCUGAAGGAUUAGUGGUAUUAGGAUGUAUUUAUGAAGUGACAAACUACGAUUUGCUGAUAUCUUUGCCAGGCGGCUUAAUAGGUCGUGCCCAAAUUACAGAUAUCAGUGAAUGUUACACAAAUUUGUUGCAAAGUUUGGUCAAAUCACAAGAUUCUCAGACAAACGAAUUUAAGUCCCUUCCUGAGUUAUAUACCUGUGGAGAUUAUGUCGUAUGUUAUGUAAAAGCUAUACAAUCGCAAGAGAGAUUGCAAAUUUUGAUAUCUCUUGAGCCCAAUCUGAUAAAUCAAAGUUUAGAUGUUAAUUAUUUAGAUAGUGGCUCAAAAAUAGUAUGUACUAUUAGUAGUAUAGAAGAUCAUGGUUAUGUGGUAGAUACAGGUUUAAUAAACGUAAGAGCGUUUAUUCCUACUAAGGAAAGUGGCAAUGAAAAAUGUUUGUUUCCAGGUAAACAGCUUCUAUGCUAUGUUAAAGAAGUCAAAACUAAUGAGAAUACUUCAACGAUUACAUUAACUUUGAAACAGAAGCUUGUUAAGGCUAUUUGUGAAACAGAAAUUAAAUCAUUGGACAGCUUGAUGCCAGGCACAAAAUUUAAUCUUUCCAUAAAGAAAGUUUUGUCUAAUGGCUUAUGUGUUUCAUUAGAUGAAAACAAUGUAGGAUUCAUAAAUCAAACAUAUUUAGAUGAGCCCUUAUCUAAAUACUCAAAUAAUCUGAAAAUUACUGGGACAUUAUUAUAUAUUUUGCCAACCAUCAAAUUUGCAUACUUCAGCUCGACGAUAGAUAAAAAUAGAGACAAUACUAUUAAACCUGGAGAUGUUGUAAAAGAAGCUACUGUUCUAUUCAGAGAAUCUGGUGGAAUAGUACUACAAUUAGCUAAGAGUGGAAUACGGGGAUUCGUUUCCUUUAAAAGAACAAGUGUUGAAUAUGAUACAAUCAUUGAAAAAUUUGCACCUGGUACCACACAUAAAUGCAGAAUAUUAUCAUACAGCUGGUUAGAUGGAAUUUAUAUCUGUACCAUGCAGCGUUCGCUGUUGGAGCAGAAGUACUUUUCAUUGUCUGAUUUUAAACCUGGCGACGUGGUAAAUGUAAAGAUUACAAAUAUCGAUAAAGUGAAUGGUUUUGUUAAUGUACAAUAUGGUAAAUUUAAUGGGCAAAUUGCACCAGAUCAUAUAUCUGACGAAGGUUUAAGUGCUUUAAAGAAGCUGAAGGUCGACAAAGAAGUAGAAGCAAGAGUCUUGUUCGUUCAUAUAGGCCGAAAAAAAGUAUAUCUCACUUUGAAGAGAUCUUUAAUAACGAGUGACUUGCCCAUUUUAGCAAACAUACAAGACGCGAAAACUGACUCAAAACACCACGCAACUAUCAUUCAAAUACAUAAGCACGGAAUAUUGGUAAAGUUUUUUGGGGAUGUUAAAGGUUGGAUUCCACAUACUGCUCUCGACACAGAAACAUUUAACAUAAAUUGGAACUAUUCAAUCGGACAAACAAUUUUAGUAAAAAUUCAAACAGUGAACACAGAUUCGGGAGAAAUAACACUAAGUGUGGCUAAUCAGGACAUACAAGAUGAAAAAGCAACAUUCCAUAUUGGUGAAGAAGUAGCAGGCACAAUAAUAGAAUCAUCCACUCAGGGAUUAUAUUUAAAAAUCAGUAAAAAUGAAGGACAAACUGUUAGUACAGGAUUUUUACCAGCUGGUCACAUGUCACCUUGUAUGGAGAUAGCAGCUCUACUAGCAUCAAAAUAUGUUCCUGGUGAUACACUUUCAGCUCUUGUAUUUGCCACAGUACCUAGUUUAAUUUUAACUAGGACUUUCGUAACUCAAGGAAGAUACAGGAAUUUUGAAAAACUGAAAAUAGGAGACUGUAUACCUUGUACGAUCAAAGAUAUGGAGCCAGAUGGUAUAAGACUAAUUUUACCAGUUACAGAAUGCGCGCCAUUUGGAUAUGUGUCCUAUAGUAACGUUAGUAAUUUUAAUCUACUGCAUACAAACCAAAUUUUAAUGGCAAAAAUAUAUUCUAUUAACAAGAAAAAACAACAAUUAGGACUAACAUUGUCGCUAAAGAAAAUAUACGAUGAUCUAUCUGAUCCUAAAAGUAGAAUGGUGGCAGCAUUGGAUACAUUGAUUCUGUAUUUUAAUAAAUUAGUAGAACUUUCAAGAAGUUCAUAUUACAAAAACAGACCAAUUGCAUCUGUAAAAUUAGGACAGAGAGUUACUGGAAAGAUUGAAAAAAUUACGGCUGAUGGUUUGGUUGUUCAAUUGCAGAAUAACUUGCUAGGUAUAGUGUCUAAGGAUCAUUACUCUGAGAAUAAAAAAAUAGGGGACAAAAUUUCUGGAACGAUUAUAUGGAAAAAUUACGUACACGAGCUUGUCGAAUUGACCACGUUAUCGUCAAUAAUGCAUAAAAUAAGUGCCAAACAAGAUAAGCAAAUACAAUUCCCUGAUGGCAAAUUGCUACGUGGUAGAAUUUUAAUGGUGACAAAUUGGUUUAUCUUGAUAUUCCUUCAAGGUAUUGGUAAAGGAACUUUAGCUGCGAUACCUGUACGUCGUCACAUAAAUGAUUUACAGCCAGAUCUAACACCUUAUACUGUUCAUUCUAAAAUUAAAUGUUACGCCUUAUUAAAUUCCGAAGAAUCCGAUAUUAUGCCUCUCUGCAUCAUAAAAUCUGCAUUUGAAAAGAAGUAUUGUGUGAGAGAGAAAUCGGGUGAUAAUAAUAACUUAAAAAGAAAGAAACAAAAUCAAGAGAACGUAGUACUCACCAAAAAAAUAAAAAUUGAAAAGUUACAAGAAGUACCAAAGAUGGAAAGCAAAGAGAAACGAAACAGAGAAAAACCAGAGAAUGAUUUAGAAAAGGAAUAUUCAAAGACAAUGUGUGAUGAACAAACAGGAGAAGAAAGGAUUAAACUGGAAGAUAUCAAACCUUCCAAAAAAAAUUUGAGAUACGCACUUAAAAAUGUUAAUAAUGAUACGGAUAACGAGCAGAGGUCAAGGACAUCUGCGUGUGGAUUUUUCUGGGAUGACAACCCUGAUUUAACUCUCCUUCAAGAUAAAGACUCAUCUAGCGAUAGUGAAGAUGAAAUAGAGGAAAAACCAAAGCUGAAAAAUAAGAAAUUAAGCGCCGCUGAACGUCGAGAACAAGAAAGACAGAAGGAACAUGAAAUUCGUCAAAGAGAAGAAGCGCUCGCCAAUAACCUAUUACCAAAUUCUGUAGAUCAAUUUGACAGAUUAGUUUUAGCUAGUCCAGACAGUUCAAUAGUAUGGUUACAGUAUAUGGCAUACCAUUUACAGACGACAGAAAUCGAGAAAGCAAGAGCAGUUGCGAGAAGAGCGGUGAAAACAAUUAGUUUCAGGGAAGAGAAUGAAAAAUUAAACGUUUGGAAUGCUUGGUUGAAUUUAGAGUCUAAAUAUGGAAUUCCUGAAUCAUUGAAUGAUGUUUUUCAAGAGGCAGUAAGGUCUAACGAUUCACUAAAAAUAUACAAUCACAUGUUGACUGUUCAUGUCGAGGCUGGUAGGCAGAUCGAACUAGAGAAAACAAUUAAUACAAUGAUUGGAAAGUUUAAACAUAUUCCCGAAAUAUGGUUUAAUUGUGGAGAAGCUUUGAUAAAAAUGGGUUUAAGAGACAAAUCAAGACAUAUUAUGCAGAGAGCAUUGCAAUCUUUGCCAGCAUCUGAACAUGUAAAUCUAAUGGCAAGGUUUGCGAUUAUGGAGAACAAAUUUGGGGAUAAAGAGAGAGCACAAACUCUGUUUGAGCAAAUUCUAAGUUCCUAUCCGAAACGGGUGGAUAUAUGGUCUUGUUAUAUUGAUUCCCUAGUUAAAUCUAAUGAUAUUGAUAUAGCAAGGAAAGUUCUAGAGAGAGCAGUUGCUCAGACAUUACCACCUAGAAAGAUGAAGAUCCUGUUUAAAAAGUUUAUCAAUUUUGAAGAACAGCAUGGUACUCAGGAAGACGUGAUUCGUGUUCAACAAAUGGCUGUAGAAUAUGUAGAGAAGCAGUGUACAAAAUGAUAAAAAAUAAUAAAACAUUUUGACAAGUAUUUCAUUA